AGCCGUUCCCAUUGGCUGGUCGCUUUUGCUCGGAGCUUUCGGGGCAUUGGGAAAAAAUGGCUGACCGCCUAACGCAGCUGCAGGACGCCGUGAACUCGCUUGCUGAUCAGUUCUGCAAUGCCAUUGGGGUGUUGCAGCAAUGUGCCCCCCCUGCAUCCUUCAGCAACAUACAGACUGCAAUCAACAAAGACCAACCAGCUAAUCCCACCGAAGAAUAUGCCCAGCUCUUUGCAGCAUUAAUUGCAAGAACAGCUAAGGAUAUUGAUGUUUUGAUAGAUUCCUUGCCAAGUGAAGAGUCCACAGCUACAUUGCAGGCUGCCAACUUGUAUCGUUUGGAGGAAGAGAACCACGAGGCAGCUGCCCGUCUCGAAGAAGUGGUCUGUCGGGGAGAUCUGCUCUUGGAAAAAAUACAGAGUGCCUUAGCUGACAUCGCCCAGUCCCAAUUAAAGACUCGGAGUGGCACCCGUAGCCAACCUCUCCCAGAGUAACUGUGGCCUACGGCAAGGCUCGGCCAUGGCAUGGACUCCACAGAUGUGACUUUGGUGCAAAAUGAAGAAAAAUGAGCAUCGAGCACGACUCCUUUGGGCACCUUCAUCCCUGGAAAUAUUGAGGAGAGUCUACUCUGCUUACCAGAUGCAACACGAAGCCAGACCUUUCCUGAAAAGCCUGCAAAGAUUUCUAGGAAUUUUGGUUCCAUGUAACCGCUACAUCCAAGCCUGAUAUUUUGAUUGGCUUUAUAAUGAACCUAGUCUCCUUCGAAACUCUCCUUGCGUCUUCAUGCCACCAACAAUACAAUAUUUUCUAGGCAAUUUGCAAGGGGUGGACACAUUUGUUUGGAUGUUUGCUUCUCACUGAAAAUACCUGUAUAUUAUCCAUGGAAGGGGGAGAAAAGCAUUCUGGAAAACACUGAAGCAGUUGUCAAUUUUGUAUACAGUUUCACUUAGAAAUGUAAUGAUUGUGUAUCAUGAUUACUAGUAUGGUCUGCUUUGGGCCUUGAGUGAAAAGGAGCUAGAGAAACAGGAGUUUUCCUGCCUUUUCCACACAGCCUAUAACUGGCUAAAUUCAUUGACUGAAGACACUAGAAGCUGAAAUCUGGAACAAACCAACUACUGUUAGAAACACUGCCUUUUGUAGUCUUGGGUUUACAUGAAUAAAGGUUUGGUG